AUUUACGCAGCGUUACAAAGCAACAACAGCUACGGCACAGUAAAUCGCGACAAAAUUAGCGAAUGUUUAUCAUACUUCACGAGCGAUUGUAAGCCCAUUUGUGGCCUUCAAUCAGAAAGUGUUCCUCUCCUCGUACGUGCUCACUGAAUAUACGCCUGUGCUGGUAUAUGUUUUUAUUGUGUCCGUUCUUUGGUGCGUGCCUAUGCACCUAUACUUACGCUAAGCUUACAUUGAAAGGAAGGAGGAAAAAUCUUUCCCCUGGAAAAGCGUGCAAGCGAAAGCGAAUGCCCUCCCCCCACACGAAUGACUGCAUCGAGAUGCAGUGCCGUCCAAAGUUUGACCAGGUGACGGCAUUCACUAUGCAAACCAUCACGCAAAACAACAACAGCUGUGCCGUACGUUGGGUGGGAAGCAUCGGCAGUGUGUGCGUAAAAAAGGAGAAAAAAAGUGUAAAAUAUUGUAGUACGCGCGUACCCACUUCAUGUCCUCCUUUCCGGUCAUUCGCGGCCUAAAUAGGGGGUUGUAACUAGUUCCAGUAGGAUAUACGACUUUUUUGUGUUGUUGUUCCCAUUGACCACGGUGAAAAUGCGAAAUGGAUACGCAAAAAAAGAAGCUAUUCCCCAUGUACUUGAAGGCAGCACAAUAGGCGAACCAUCGGCUACCUUCUGUUACCCCCUAUUUUAUCAUCAUCAUCUUCAUCAGUAGCAGCACAAUCAUCAUCAUCCGCCGUACAAACAAAACACACAGCCAGACGGUAGCAACGUUCCUGCAGGGGAGCGCAAACUCUUCACGAUUUUCCCGUUUGCUUUGUUGUUUGCUGUGGUUAAGAAGCUCCCCAUUAGAAGUUAAGGCAUCCAUCAACAACGAAGAAGCAGCAGCCGUGUUGUUACGGAAAGAAAAAGCACUUGAAAAGUGUUGCUUGAGUUGUGUAGUGAGUUUUGGUUUGAUUCCUUUUUCAUCAAGAAUUCUUCGUGUGUGUGUGUUUUUGUGUAAAACAGGGUGGGUUUUUAGUGGUGUGAGAAUACGGUAUCAUUGUUGCCUAAUGUUUCUAUCCAUCCCAAAGGCAACCGAAGUGAUAAUUAUUGUGUUUCGCAUUAUGUAGUUACCAUCUCCUUAUCUACUGUUGCUAUUCUCUUUCUAGCGUGUGUUCUAUUUUUCCUCAGCAGCGCAUUUCUGUUUAUAGCCUAAAUCUGUGUGCGAGUGUUGUAUCUUCAUGUGUGUGCGAUCGUUCAGAAAUGUACUUGUGUUUUAUUCUUGUAAAUGCGUAGUGAAAAGUGAAAAAAACUGAACUGUUUCUUUUAAACCCGUUCCACAACCGGGGAAUGUGGCCGUGGAAAACUGUGUCCGUUUCAGUGCGGAAAUUUAGCUGCAUCAUGUGAUGGAUGCACAUUGCUUUGCUUUGUCUAGCUCCGGUGGUGCUGCUGCUGCUGAUUCCGAGCAAGUGAGAACCGUCAUCUGACAGAAAGAUGUCAUUGCACACUCGAUGCAGCACAGGCAACAAGAGUAAAUGAAAUUCUGUGGCGCGCACGGUGAUGGAAAACCAAAACAAGGUUUAAUAGUGUGAGCCCGAAACAGUUGGAAGUUUAGUGCUUUUGUGUGUGUGUGUGUUUUUUUUCUUAUUGUUUUGUGUAAACAACACAUCCGCAAGGCCAUCCGACCGGCGCCAAAGGAAACUACGGUUCCGAGUUUGGCUAUUGUGUGUAGUUUGAAAACGUGGUGUGUGUGUGUGUACCCGAUCUUAGUAAUCAACCAUGGCAUCGUUGAAGGUUGCCGUACGGGUUCGUCCCUUCAAUCAAAGAGAACAUGAACUCGGCGCAAAGCUCAUCGUGCAGAUGGAUGGAAAGAAGACACGUCUGCUGAAACCGAAACUUGGCAUCGGCAAUGGCAUACGGGGGGAUCUCGCAUCUCGCGCAGCCCAGGAUCCAUUCAAUGACUUCACGUUUGAUCAUUCGUACUGGUCGGUGGAUGAACGCGAUCCACACUUCACGCAUCAGGAAACAGUUUUCGACGAUCUCGGUACGGAGAUAGUGGACUGCGCGUUCCAGGGUUACAAUGCGUGUGUGUUUGCGUACGGCCAGACGGGUAGUGGCAAAACAUUCACAAUGAUGGGCACACCGGAAGCGCAAGGACUUAUCCCGCGCAUCUGUCGCUCACUGUUUGCACGCAUGAAGCUCGGCCAGGAGGAGGGUACCGGGUAUAAGACGCAAUGCUCCUAUUUGGAAAUUUACAACGAACGGGUAAAGGAUCUCCUUGGACCUAGCAGUGCGGGGCAUGGUUUGCGUGUGCGGGAACAUCGCACGCUUGGACCGUACGUGGAAAGCUUGUCCCAGCAUCCGGUGUCGGACUACUCGGAAAUACAGAACUGUAUGAUCCAGGGCAACAUACAGCGUACGACAGCCAGCACGAACAUGAACGAUACGAGCAGCCGAAGUCAUGCAAUCUUCACCAUUACCUUCGUCCAGGCACGCUACCUCAACGAUCUGCCGAGCGAAACCGUGUCCAAGAUCCAUCUGGUCGAUCUGGCAGGAAGCGAACGGGCCAAUGCAACUGGUGCUACCGGGCAAAGGUUGAAGGAGGGUGCGCACAUCAACAAGUCGCUGGUAACGCUGGGCAGUGUCAUAUCCGCACUGGCAGAGCAAACCAAUCCGACCAACAACAAACGGGUGCUGUACAUCCCGUACCGUGAUUCCAUCCUUACCUGGCUGCUGAAGGAUAGUUUGGGUGGUAACAGCAAAACGAUCAUGAUCGCAGCCAUCUCGCCGGCGGAUGUGAACUACAGCGAAACGCUCAGUACACUGCGGUACGCAAACCGGGCGAAGAACAUCAUCAACAAACCGACGAUCAACGAGGAUCCGAAUGUGAAGCUGAUUCGCGAGCUGCGUGAUGAAAUAUACAAGCUGAAGCUGAUGCUUUCGAGCGAUAGUGGUGCCGCUCUCAAGCCACAGCUUAAGGUGCUUGAAGAUCUGCACAAAAAGGAAGCACAGGAAAAGGUGCUGACCGAGGAGUGGACGGAGAAAUGGCGCGAGGCGCAAACCAUUUUACGCGAGCAGCGUUCACUUGGAUUACGCAAAUCCGGUGUGGGUGUGGUGCUCGACUCGGAGAUGCCACAUCUGAUUGGCAUACACGAUGACAUUAGUACCGGUGUGACCCUUUACAGUUUAAAGGAAGGUGAAACGACAAUUGGUACGGACGAGGCAACAUAUCCGCAGGACAUUUCGCUAAACGGUAUCGGUAUCGCGCCGGAACACUGCCGUAUCGUACUGUCGAACGGGAAUGCAACGAUUUAUCCGAAUCCGAAUGCAACCUGUUUGUUAAACGCGAGCAUCAUAGAAGUGCCGACUGCAAUCAGUCAGGGCGACAUACUGUUGCUUGGCCGGACAAACAUGUUCCGCUACAACAAUCCGGCUGAGGCGGCAAAAAUGCGUCAAGAGAAUAGCCAUCAGCAGCGUUCGUCUCGGCUCGAUCUGUCGCGACUUUCGUUGAUUGCUGCGUCACGUGAAAACCUUUGUGCGAGUUUUCUGAGCGAUGAUGACGGUGGAUCGUCGUUGAGUUUGUUCGGUGGUGGCGGUGGUAUGGCUUCACCGCAGAAUGCAUUUCGCUUUCGGCAAUAUACACCAAGCAGGGAGGAUGCCGAGCUGCAGGACGAACAUCGGAAAAUUCUGCAAACGAUCGAAAAUGCACUGCGUCAGCUGAAUCUGGAGCGUACGCGUAUGCACGAGCAGUUUAAGCAUAAGAUUAAGCUAUGUACCGAAGAGUUGGAUCGGCUGGAAAGUACCAAGCGCGAUCGGUUGAUGAUAUUGGACUGUCGGAUCGGGGAGCUAAUGGCACGCAAAGAGAUGGUGCUGUGGGAAAAAAGCAACGAAAAGACGCAAGCAAGCAGUGAACUAAUACGAAAUGCACCUCAAACGGAGGAUUAUUCGGAAAUAUUGCUUCAAAUAUCACGCUCACUUGACAACUACUCGCAGCAGUACAUUCGGGAGUUUGUUCGGCGCAAUCGCGAUGAGAUCAAUAAGUACGAAACGGAGCUAACGGAAAAGGAGCAACUGCUUUCAGAAAGUACACAGAAGAUUGCCGAUCUGGAUCAAAAGAUACAGGAGCUGAUGCAGCAAAACAGGGAUUUGCUACAACAGCGAACCCAGCAAGAGUUGGAUCAAAUUCAAAAGAAAAAGCUUUCGAUGACACUUAAUCUUACGCACACCAAUGGAGAUGCUGAUGGCGAAGGUGUGAACGGUGAACGGACCGAUCUACUAUUGGGUGUGAAUCGUGUAGCAACACUGGAAACGUGUGACACAUUCCACACGGCAAAUUCGGACUGUUCCUUCGUGUCGGCCCUUAACACACCAGCGUUGAAUUCGUUAAACCAACUCAUUCCGACACCGAGCUCAACGGAGGACGGUACCGAAUCCGAUACGGGCGAUCGUGACUACGAGGAGGCCACUUCGAACGGUGGCCUGCACGGUGGUAUGAGCGAUAGUGGCGUUAGCUUUGAAACGAAUAAAGCCACCGAUACGGCAGCAGCAUUAUUAGCCGAGGCGGAUGAAAACGAAAGCGAAGGUAGCGUGGACAGGCAGAACGAUCCUGGUAGCGGUACGGCCAAGUUGCUUUUCCAAUCGGAUGAUCAUUGCCUGCUGCUAGCCACCUCAUCCACCCCGAACCCAAAGUACGGUGGUAAAAAGAUGCCCACCACAACCACGACCGUAAUCGUGACGGAUGGCAAUGGGUUGCUGAAAUCGAACCAACCGCAAUCGCCCCGGUUGCGUCACAAAUCGUCCGAUUCGGACGAGGAACGUACCACGCUAACGACGAUGUCAUCGACGGGUACGCCCGGCACUAAUCGGUUAAAGCUUUCACUACCGAAUCGAACACGUAGCAAUAAUGGUAAGAGUAGUAGCAUGCGUACCGAAAUCUUUGACAUCCGUCACGGUAUCCAUCCGCUACGGGUAAGCAGUGUUAGCAGUGGUACCGAUGGUAGCCACGAAGAGGAGGACGACGAAGAGGAGCAGACGGGCAGACGUCGCCAUGAGGAUGACGAGGAAGAGCGCCGUUCGCGUGGUUCAUCCAUCGACAAUAGUUCGAUUACUUCGUCAACGGCAAAUUUGAUCCUGUGCGAAAUGAAUCAUCUGCGUGAAAGCAUCGCUAGCAAGAAGGCGGAAAUUAUGAAAAUUCUCGAAACGAACGGUGAUAAAAAGAUGCUGGACGGAAAGAUCGGUGAGCUGCAGGAUCUGCAGAAGCGUAUCGUGCAGCUGGAGAUAAAAAUACAGGACGUGGAGAAGAGUUGCCUGUCCGAUGGAGAGAUUCAGCUCGAUUCGAUGCGAGACAUCCCCGAAAGCUUUACCGACAGUGAUGACAGUCGGGUGGGAAAUUCAUGCAUCUAUCCGGGAUAUGUACGAUCGCGUGAUCAAGGUAGCAUUUAUGCACCAAGCGUUACGCGAUCGUUACCAUCGAUGGAAGGAACCUAUCGUUCGGAUCAUGCAAUAAACAUACCGACGUACAUUAUACGUGGUGCGGGAAAACAAACCCAUUAUGAGUAUGAGGUUAAGAUAAACCUGCCCGAUGAACGGUGGACAUUACUGCGACGGUACAGCCGUUUCCGUGAGCUCCAUCUAACGAUGAAGAAGCUGUACGGUGAUAAGAUCGCAACCAUACCAUUUCCGAGGCGUGAACUGUUUGCAUCCAACACGGAAUCGGUGGCGAAAACGAGACGUCGCCAGCUAGAAACGUACCUGCGUCGCCUGUUGGUGGUGUGUGCCAAAAUUCCCCACUGUUCCAUCUACGAAGGUGAAGGACGGCCCGGUCUAACCAAGCAGACACUGAUCGAGUUUCAUUCGUUUUUCAAGAAAGGUUUAUUCGAAACGGGCAAACAUGGAACCGGAUAGUACUGACGGGGUUGGUCCGAUAGUGAACCGUUGCUUUUGUAGUGGUUUCGCAGUGGGAUCGGUUAUAUAUUGUUUGUGAUGUAAAAGACUUUUAGAUUUCUAGACCAAGCAUAUUUGUUAGGUUUGUUUUUAGGUUAGACAUAACAUAGUUAGGAACAAAUCAAUCGGUUCGAUAAUGUAUAGUCUGUUUGGUUGGUAUAUGUAAGGGCAUUGGCAAAAAGUUUAAUGAGCCCGCUCAAUUGCGGUGUAAACAAUCGUGUUUCCGGUUAGCGAUGGAAAGAAAAUGUAAUAAGUUUUAAAGUCUUCAUUCGGCUAUCAAAUUUGCUUCCCUUCACGAUAGUUUGUUAGUGGCCUUUAAUUGUUCCACGGUGUCUUAACCCCCAUACCAAGUAGCAUCGAAUAGCACAGCAGUUAGGCUCAAAGCAGUAAUGACAAAACAAUGACAAUAAUAGCAUCAUCAUCAUGUGUGUGUGCUGAUACGUUUAAAAAAAGGUGUUACUUCCAUCCACUCAUCCCUAUUCGUCGAAUAGGGUGCACCAUACGUACCAUCCAUCACCUUGGGCCCAGCUUCACCGGACUUUAUCGUGCAAAUGGAUAAAGUGUUGCUCGGUUGAUAGUUUAUCAAUGACAGGACCAUAGGUAGAUGAUGGGAAACAUAAAGGAAGAAUGUAUAUAGUUCAGUUAGUCCGUGCGUUAAUCAUUAAACCCAAAAUUAGUAAGUGGAGUACCAUAAAUCAUCAUUCGUAAGAUGAAUCUAAUGAAAGAUAAACAAUUCAUUUUUAUCCUCUGCCCUCCAUCGGUGGGAUGUGUUAUAUGAAAAAAACUAAUACUAAAAACCCCACAACAAAAAACAAACUAUCAUCACACAUCAUAAUCACAUCAUAUCAAACCCAUGUAACUGUGUUCCGGUUCGGUAAAAAUGUUCAUCAAUUGUAACUAACUGUGAUUAUUCUUCUCCCGCUACGGUUCUAGUUGUGCUAAACCCUAUCCAAAGUUAUGUAGUUGUUCCCCGUUAAAAGUAUAGCUUGCCAAACGGAAGGCAUCGCUGUUGCGUAUGCUUCUGUAUUUGUUCAUCAAGUGCUUUUUCCACCGUUUAGAUAAUCUUUGUCGUUUACCUCAAUAUGUUUUCUCUCUCUCCGUUUUUUUUCUAUGUUCGUUUAGUUAGAAUGUAUUUUUCAUCUUCAAAUAACUGUCUGUUACGUAAGGUUUCCAAGUUGUUAAGUGUGUAAGAAAUGUGUUUUUAUAUAUACAAACAAGGAAAUCUAUAACUAGCUUUAAAUAACAGUGCUGCAAUUUGAAGAACAAACAUUGUAGGGCAGAUAAUGUUGAAAAGGAUAAUGUGUUUGUAUGCUGCGAAGCAAUACACGUUUCCUCCUGGCGUGCAUGAUUUUUAUUAGGUUCUUUGAAAUUAUUUUUUUAAAACCCGUAAUUGUUUGCUAUCAUUUUUUUUUCUUGCUACAGUUUUUGGUGUUUUUGAGCGGUGCAAUUCGAACGAAAUGCAACAUUAGUAGUUAAGUAACUCAGGAGCUUGUUUACAACAGAGGCCUGUAUUGAAGUAUAAGAAACAAUUAAUGUUACGAACGGAACAGCCACCAUUAGUUGAUGAUCGUUUAAAACAGUGUGUAUUAUAAAGAAAGAAAAAAAGAACAUCAAAUAACAACAUUUCAUUGCAAGGUGUGUGUUUGUUGUAGUAAACAAAACAAAAAAACAAUUACUAAUGAAAUAAAAAUGUAACCAAAAAAAAAAAUUGGCACGUUAUAAAACAAUUGGACUUGUUUCUCUCUGAAUUGCAGCUCGCAAUAUUGCAGAAGAGACUAAAAGGUGUAGUGCAAGAGAUACUAGGAUAGAUAAGUAUAGCUUAAAUGUAAAAGCAAAAUAAAUCGACUGAUGAUUUGUGUCUAGAAUGUUUGGAAGAACAUUUCGAAUAGUAAAUAUAGUGGAAAAAAUUAAACACAAAUCAUGGGGUAGCAAAAAUUUACCAAAAAAACACAGUGAAUCAAUUUGAUGAUUAGACUUUACUGUACGAAACUGUUACAUUCGGUGUAAAGUGUAAUAUCUAGAUUCUAGAUGAUAAAAAUGACACCACAAAUGGUCUUAAUAUGGUUGGUUCUGAAAUCUUUCCUCCCAACGAACACACACAAAUUGGAACGAAUACUAAACAUACGAUGAAAUUACAGCAAAAAUGAAACAGGUAAAAAACAAACGAUUGAAUAUUGAAAAAUAA